CAAGACUUGACGCACGUGCCCGGUGCUGGAAUCUGUCAAAGUGUUUAAAUAACGAGAAAUGUCAGAGUAAAAUCGUUGGCAGAAGAGUGAUGAGUUUGUAUCUACAAUUUGUCUGAAAAACAAGCCGCUGCAGAUCAAUCUUCGAUGCUGUUCUUCGUUUGAAUCGUAAUCAUGGAUACGAAUGAGGUGAGGUUAGAAUCGUGCAUCAAAACAGCGGAUUGGGAAACGUUGUUAAGCAUUCUCAAGCCCAAGUUCUUCCCCAGGGCUGAAAACGGAAAAUUGGUGAGUCCACUUAUCGUCGCCAGGAUAUCUGAUGCCCUGACAAACUCGACCAGAAAUGUGCCUAUGAGGGUAAAGAUAAUGCUGAUAAAAUGCUUGAUGAAUUCAUGUGUGAUCGGCUACACUCCAAAAGAGUAUGAUGCGCACGCAUUAACGUCGGCGGAAAGUGAGGAUUUUUAUGCAGUCCUUGCGACGAAUUACGCUAAGGUUUCCAUUGGCCAAUCAACAGAUGAAUACGGUUACCCUUUUCUUACUCAUUUCCCUUACGAUGGUGUGGCGAAGUGGGUUGCCGACUACGUUGCACGAUAUUUAUUAGAUGUGAGAGAAUUAGCUGAGGAUGAACUGGAACUUCUCAGACUAUGUGUACAGUUUCUAUGUAAUCUUUGUAAAUAUUCACCACCUGCAAUUCAGGACGACCGCUUUAAAGAAGCAACGAUGAUGCUCAUUCGGCACGAUCAUUUCCCAGUCUUGAGGGCAGCCUGUGCUUUCAUUCAUAACGUUCUCACUGUUUUUGAGAAAAACUAUUACUCUGAAUCGACAAAGAACGAGUUAACUAUAUUGUUAAUCAAGCCAGUCAAAUUGGGAAUUCCAUCAGCAACCGAUGCCUUGAAGUACUUAUUGGAAAAUCCUGGGAGGCUACAAAACGUUUACGAAAAAAUAUUGAUCGAAGACAGACUUUAUUUGCUGGAAUUUCUCCUGCAGGAAUUACGUCACUCUGAGCUCAAUCUUUCCCCGGAAGUUAUAUAUUUUUUAUCAGAUCGCUUCAAAAGAAAGAGUGAUUUGGUACUGAAAACGGUGAACUCGUAUUUGGACGGCACUGAGCCAAUGGAAAUCACAAUACUUCUGGAAAUACUUGGAGUUCUCACGUCGAAAACAUCGUCUAGCAACAAUCCUAGUAAUCUUCAAGAGGAUAAAAGCCUGCUUAUCAACUGUAUAUUCCUACUGAAGUCUUUGCACAUGGUUGGCAAGGAAUCUGACAAUUUCUUCACGCCUGUGCAAAAACUCAGCGAGCUCGCACCGAGUGGAGAAAAUUCUUCCGACCACAAAACCAACGAUAUCCAGUCUCAUCCCGCUUUCGGAUUCAAAGCUGGACUAAUUCGAGUCAUUGGAAACAUGGUACACCAACAUAAGGCCAAUCAGGAGUUGCUUCGAGAAACUGACGGUAUUCCGUUGCUCUUAGAUUGUUGUAACAUGGAUGCAAGAAAUCCACUAAUCAUGCAGUGGACGAUUCUUGCUAUGAGAAAUGUCUGCGAGAAUAAUCAAUCUAAUCAAGACGUCGUUCGAGGGUUGAACAAAAUCGGUGUGGCUGAUAGCGCUGUUCUUCAUGAAAUGGGAUUAAUUUUACACGACGAGGGAAAGCCUGGCAAAGCUGUUGGAAUUGUUCCUUUAAAAUGAAGCUAACUUGUUGUUUAAGUUUGAGGUAACUUGAACAACUGCGAUAUAUAAGUAUAAGUAAAUAAAUACAUUCAUCUGUAAAAAAAUAUUGCACAAGUCCUAUUGUAUAAUGAUCCGGUAAUCCCCUCAAUUCUAACACAUUAUCUAAUGAUGAAUUUCUAAGUUGUGAUGAUUUAAUCACCGGUUUCGAUCCUCUCGAGCUGUCAAUAUAGUAUAUGAUGACUGAUACAGGAAAUCAUCGAUCGCGAAACAGUUUAUACGUCGCGGCAUAUAUA